AUGAACAGUGCAUCGCCGGAGUUGUCAAAGACGCCGGAAACCGGCUAUACCUCUGAUACUCGAACGGGGAGUGUGAUACACAAUUCUGAGAUUUCUCUCCUUUUUGCUCUUUCCCCUUUCUCCUCGAACAACACCCACCUUUUCUUAUCCUCAACGUCAAUCUAUACGUUCAGGGAUCCGGGUUUGCAGGAUAGAUUUUUGGUGUUUUCGAUGGAAAAUGGCGUGACUAAGGUUGAAGAAGUAAAGUUAAAAGUAGGGGAAUUUGAUAAAGAUGUUUUGGGAGAUGGGAUGAAGGGUAUCGGAAUUGAUGAUGCUCUCGAGGAGGCAAAUGGUGGUGUUGAAAGUGUAUCUGAAACAGUAGAGGCGGAAGAAACUCUUAGAAAAGAUGGAAGUGAUGAAAAUGGUGGGGAUUUGUGUGAUUCUCUAGUGUUAGAUGGGGACGUGGAUGCUGGGCAAAGGAUAGUAGACACGAUUGAAGAUGCAAUUCAGACUCCCUGUGAAACGCAGACGGUUGUGGAAAAGGCUCAUGUUGAUCCUGUUGAGGAGGUUAUAUCAACGAAGGUGAUAGAACAUGAUAUGCCUGUGGAUAGUGAUGAACAUGAGGGAAAAGGGAUUAAUUUGGAAGAGGUUACAGAUGAGAAAAAUGUAUCUGCUAGCAUUUUCAGCGAUCAUCUUAGUGAAUUGGAAGCUAAUGAGGCUGUGAAUGAUGGUAAUAGUGAGGCAGAUUUGGGAGAAAAUGCUUCUGAUAAUGCUGCAAGGGAUCAAUCAAGUGACUUGGAAACUGAGGUGUCAGUGGUUGAUGGAAAAGAAGAGGUGGAAACAGUGGUUGUGACUGAUGUAAGCAAAGAUGAGCCAAAUGUGUUGGAAAAUAAUGAGGUUGUAGACAAUGGGGUAAAUGAGGUCACAAAGGUAUCCAUUGCAGAUGACAACGAAAGCCAGAUGGAGACUUUGGAAGAUAUUCAUGACACAAAACCAGUUGAUGUAAUUUUAGGAAAUCCUGAAAAUGGAGUUUCAAACAAUGUUGAUUUGGAUGAAAAUGUCCUUCAUGAAGAUUGUGCUGAUGGAGAUUCUAUGAGUCACACAACACAGCCAGAUGAUGAGAUAAGAGUUGAAGUCAACGGAGACGUUCCAAGUCAACUUCAUGAAAAAGAGACUUUAGUUACUGAAGGCAAAGAUGAUGACAGUAUGAAUCAGAAGGAGAAGGUUGAAAGUUCAAGAAAUAAUUUACUGAAUAUACAAAACGAACUAAACGUCGAACAACUUCAAGAAGGGGAACAAAAAAGUUUUGAUCCAUCUUCAGUACAUCAGGAUGAUAAAAACCUGCAACAAGAAAGCACUUCUGAUAACAAAGUAGAGAGCCCCAAAGUUGAAAGUCCCCCACACCCUUCUGAAAAAAGUGAACCUAAAGAUUAUGAUAUGAAACAAAAUAUACCAUUGAAGAAAGAACCAGAGUUGAAUUUAUCUACAGAAAAACCUACCACUCCUACUUCUAUUCCCAAUCCCAACCCUGAUCCAAAACCAAAUCCACCCCCCAUUCCCAUUCCCAGCUCCAAACCAACAACCACCCCGACCCCACCCCCUGCCCAGACCCGACCCGCGGGUCUGGGCAACGGUGCACCACUACUCGAACCCGCACACCGUGUGGUUCAAUCUCAACCAAAUGGCAACACCCCCCCUCCUCAAAACCAAGUCAUUGAUGAACCAACAGGUGAACCCGAAGAAAACGAUGACACCCGUGAAAAGCUCCAAAUGAUACGGGUCAAAUUCCUACGCCUUGCCCGAAGACUCGGGCAGACCCCUCACAAUGUUGUAGUUGCCCAAGUGUUAUACCGGUUAGGGUUAGCCGAACAACUCCGUGGCAGAAACGGAGGUCGUGUUGCAGCCUUCAGCUUUGAACGCGCGAGUGCCAUGGCUGAACAGCUUGAGUCAACCGGUCAAGAACCACUUGAAUUCUCAUGCACAAUCAUGGUUCUUGGAAAAACCGGAGUCGGAAAAAGUGCAACCAUUAAUUCGAUAUUUGAUGAAGUUAAAUUUAACACAGAUGCGUUUCAAUUAGGAACGAAAAAAGUUCAAGAUGUUGUUGGGACUGUUCAAGGGAUUAAAGUUAGGGUUAUUGACACACCUGGGUUGCUUCCUUCAUGGAAUGAUCAAAGAAAGAAUGAGAAAAUUCUACAAUCGGUUAAAAAAUUCAUCCAAAAAUCACCUCCGGAUAUUGUUUUGUAUCUUGAUAGGUUAGAUAUGCAGAGUCGUGAUUUUGGUGAUAUGCCACUUUUGAGAACUAUAACCGAUAUUUUCGGGCAGUCUAUUUGGUUCAAUGCAAUUGUGGUCCUGACCCAUGCUGCAUCCGCCCCGCCCGAAGGCCCAAACGGGACCACAACCAGCUAUGACAUGUUUGUGACUCAGCGGUCCCACGUGGUCCAACAAGCCAUCCGUCAAGCUGCUGGUGAUAUGCGGUUGAUGAACCCAGUUUCCUUAGUUGAAAACCACUCCGCUUGUAGGACAAACCGAGCCGGGCAGCGGGUCCUGCCCAACGGGCAGGUCUGGAAGCCUCACUUGUUGUUACUCUCGUUUGCUUCCAAGAUUUUGGUUGAAGCGAAUAUGUUGUUAAAGCUACAAGACUCGCCACCUGGCAAACCUUUUGGAACCAGAGCUCGGGCCCCGCCUUUACCGUUUAUUCUCUCGAAUUUGUUACAAUCGAGACCGCAGUUGAAGUUGCCGAAUGAGCAGUUUGGUGAUGACGAGGACGAUGACGUGGAUGAUGACGAUGAUGUGGAUGCGAAAUCCGAUGAUGAGUCAUCGGAAUACGAUGAGCUACCGCCGUUCAAAAGGUUGACUAACGCACAGCUGGCGAAACUUAGUAAGUUGCAAAAGAAGGCGUAUUAUGAUGAGUUGGAGUAUCGUGAGAAGCUUUUCAUGAAGAAACAGUUGAAAGAAGAAAAGAAACGAAGAAAGAUGAUGAAGAAAAUGAUGGAAGAAGCCAAGAACAUUCCGGAAGUAGAAGAUGACGAGAGUAACGGUGCUGCAACUGUACCCGUUGCUGUGCAGGACAUGAACUUACCGGUGUCCUUUGAUGCGGACAAUCCCACCCACCGUUACCGGGCCCUUGAUUCCGCUAACCAAUGGCUGGUUCGACCCGUACUUGACCCGCACGGGUGGGACCACGAUGUCGGUUAUGAAGGAAUCAAUAUCGAACACUUACUCGCGUUACGUGAAAAGAUACCGGUUUCAUUUUCCGGCCAGGUCACCAAAGAUAAAAAAGACGCGAAUCUCCAAAUGGAAAUCUCAACCGGAAUCAAGCACGGAAAGUCAAAGUCAAAUUCAAAGUCAAAGUCAACCACUUUAGCUUUUGACAUGCAAACAGUCGGAAAAGACAUGUCCUACACUCUCCGCAGCGAAACUAGAUUUUUGAAUUUCAAAAAGAAUAAAGCGUCGGCAGGUUUUUCGGUGACUCACUUUGGUGAUGCGGUGACAGGUGGCGUGAAGUUUGAGGAUAAGUUGAGUGUGAAUAAACGGGGGCAGUUGGUGGUGGCGGGAGGGGCGGUGAUUGGGCGUGGUGACGUGGCGUAUGGGGGUAGCUUAGAGGCGACUUUGAGAGAUAAGGAUCACCCGUUGGGUCGAUUUUUGUCAACUGUUGGGGUUUCGGUUAUGGAUUGGCAUGGGGAUCUUGCGAUUGGAUGGAACGGGCAGACUCAAAUUCCUAUUGGCCGGUUCACAAAUUUAAUCGGUCGUGUGAAUUUGAAUAAUAAAGGGUCGGGACAAGUUAGUGUGAGAUUGAAUAGCUCUGAACAGCUUCAGAUUGCAUUGGUUGCGUUUGUUCCUGUUAUCUGUAAACUUCUUGGUUCUGUGGAGUUGGUAUACACGACAGAAGUGCAAUCACUUGAUGAACGAAAUGUGAGGAAUUGGGUUGAUUGUUGGAAUAAUUGCUGAAAAAAGGGUGAAAGAAAAAUGUUUUGGGAUUAGGUAAGUGCACAAAGGGUGUAGUGGUUAGAGCUAGAUUUGGAGUAAUCAAUCACAAUGAUGCUGUUUUUUAAUGUUUUUAUUUUUAAAUUUGGUUUUUGCUAUUUUGCAUGUUCUACUUUUGAUAUAUAUAGAGAGAGGUGUUCUGGUUAGGAUUGGGACCGAGUGAGUUUAGUUAUUGUAUUAUACGUGACUUGUGAAGGUCUUAAUUGAUUCAGUGGACAUGAAUGACUUCUUUUUUGUAGUAUGCAAAUUUCCAUUUUGUUUAUGAUGGAUGAAUUGGGGAUGGAUGUUUAGGAUAGUGGUUGU